CGAUCGCGCCCUCCCGCCAAGCUGGAAUCCUACGUGAGCCCGCCACUCUCCCCACUCGCGCAUUGGUCUUUCGACCUCGAUCCAGUGCAUGGGGGUAUGGAUGGCGAGAUCCGGCGCAUGAAGCAGCAUGAUCUUCACACCCACUUUGCGACCAGAGCUGGCAUGUCCCGCCGCGCGGCGGAUCGCUUCAGACAGACUGGGGUGCCAUCCGCACGGGGAGAUCCCUCUCAGACUGCCGGGCGUCCUCGAGUGCCAACGUACAUAGACUAUGGAUACACCGAUACUUCCUUUCAGGGCGGUUCGCUGCAGGGGGAUGAGUUGCAAUCAUACACACCGACGUUGCGCGACCAACAGCGCCAGCAUCAGCCGGUACACCAGCCGUUAGCUCCUUAUGACUCCGAGAUGGUAUACAACCUCAGCCAGCAGGACCCGGGACAAGCCCCGUACGAGCUCGUCCCACCAUACCCGGCACGGCAAUCUGCAGCGAUGGAAGCACUGUCUAGUCAGUUUGGUGUUCCACAAUAUUUCCCAGCAAAUGAACCGACGGCCACAGGGGUUCCGGCCAUGGGUCCGCCCUACCUGUCAUCGCAGCUCCCUUUGUCCGCUUAUAACCAAGCCAGCGCCAUUGGACGCUCGAGCGCUCCGCACGUCUUUCCCGCAGCUAUGGCCGAACUGACUCCAGUGGGAGCGUCUGGACGUUUGGAGCAGCCUCCGUCGCCGUCGCAGCAACAACAGCAGCAACAACAACACCUACAAACACCGUCCCGGGUGGGGUCCGAGUCGACUGGCCUGAAGGAAGCGUAUGCUCAAUUCCAACGAGCAUUACGAGAGACAUUCGAUAGUACGCGCGCCGGCCGAUUGGUAGAAGCUAGUAGAUCACUCUUGGAAAUCUCCGAGUGGCUUGUGACCAAUGCGCGGGAGCUCGGUAUCCUUCGGGACGAUCAAAUGCUACAUGCGGAUCGACUACAACUUUGGAAUGAUUUCAAUAUUUGUUGGCUAGCGGUAUGCCAGAAGCAGAAAGAUUUGGCUCAGGAACUGCUGCAAACCGGUCGUCAGCCGCCCCAAACUAGUCUUCUUAGUGGCGACGCGAUGGACAAUAUGGGUAAGGAGCUGAUCCAGCUCUGCGAUCGUAUGGAGCCCCAUGGGCUAGUUGAUUACCAAAUGGGGAUUUGGGAGGAGGAGAUUCUUUCCAUCAUGGACCAAUGUCUGGAUAUUGUCGAAGGCCGACCGGACGUCUUUCGCUCUCUAACCGCUUCGCGAUGACGGGCAUUGGCCAAUAAUCCUAACCUGGGGGUGCGCAUAACCGGGUUGGAUGCUGGACGCCUAGCGCAGACUCGGCUGGAUCGUACUUUUGUGAUGGUGGCGGGCUUAGGGCCCCUAACGCAGGGACUAGUUUAGUCUAGUGGAUGGGAGCAAAGCCAACCCGACGCCCAGCGCGG